AUGGUGGUGUCAGAGCCUGGCGUUGAGGAGAUAGCCAUGGUUGGCCUGGAGGUGGCAGCUGUGCCCAGCAGUCACAGGGGUGGAGCACUCUGUCCACCCUCUGCUUUCACCUCUGGCUUUGCAUCAGUAGAGAUGAGUUCUGACGAGCAGAAGCAUCACUCAUGGACGGAUGAGAGUAUUGCAUCUGGAAUCAUCCGUCUCUUAAACAACACAGAGGAAGAUGAGAGAGACAAAACUUCCCACACCGCAGAGCUCAUGUCGAAAGGUGCUGCUGACUCAACGCAAGAAACAAAAGACUUUGGAAGCGUUAUUAGUAUCUUCAAAGAGCUACAAGAAGGAAUCGGGAAUAUUAAACAUUACCACCCAGAAGUCUUGCAAAUAAAGAGUUCAAUCGAUGCCCUGAAUAGCAGAAUAGAUGUCUUUGAACUGAGAAUGAACAAUCUAGAAGAUCAAAUUGAAGAUGGAUCCAGGAACUCCGUGGAUCCAAUCCAAAUGGCCAAGCACAUCAUCAACAAAGAGAGGCUAAGAGAUAUCGAGGAUACAUCCAGGAGUGCCAAUAUCCGUUUGAUUGGGAUUCCUGAAAAUUAUAAUAAAGAAAAUGGAGCAGAGGAUAUAAUCAAAGAAAUAAUUGAAGAAAACUUCCCGGAACUCAAAAGAGAUUCCAGCCUUGAAAUUGUCAGUGCCUACCGCGUCCCCAGUAAAUUUGAUGAAAAUAGACUCACUCCUAGACAUAUCUUAGUGAAGUUUUGGAAUUCUCAUGACAAAGAGAAAAUCUUACGGCUUUCCAGAGAGAGAGAAGAGAUAACCUACAGAGGAACGAGAAUCCGGCUGACAGCUGACUUAUCAUUGGGCACGCUGGAUGCCAGGAGCAAAUGGGCCAACAUCAUACGAGUUCUACAGGAAGAAGGCUUUAAGCCUAGAAUCCUCUACCCCGCCAAACUGGCAUUUAAUUUUGAAGGCAAAACAAAGAUCUUUUUUGAUAUUGAAGAAUUCAAAGACUUUAUUUUUUGCAUACCCUCUUUAAAAGGAUUACUGGAGAAUAUACUUUAGCAAUCGAGAGUGACUCUAAACACUUAAAUUUCUGUUUCCCUUCCACGACCAAGUAAAACAAGGGAAACUAGAAAAUAAAAUGCUAUACCUCUCCAGGGUGAUGGACAAUUUAAAAGCAUGCUUAAGGACGGGGCAAGGGUCAUAUAUUAAGCAGAUGUUGGUCAA